CGUCCACAACUCCUAUUUUCGACACGCGAUCCGAGUCAGGUCAUUUCUCCCUAUCCUGCACGUAUUCUCUCCUAGGCAGGAUUUCUCCGCUGCAGGUCUAGGUCUACAAGCUUACAAAAGUUAUACUUACAUCCUUCCCAACACCUUAGCCUAAAUGCCUCGCAAGCGAGAGCAGGAGCAGGAACAGGAACAGGAUCAUUUCGAUGAUCGAAGCCGAUUCCUCUCCUAUCCCACGCAUAAAGUCAAUCGCCUCCUGGAGCCUGGGCCUGUGGUCCUCGUCACCACCGGGUCUCUAGCCGAUCGGACGCACAAUAUCAUGACAAUGGGCUUUCACAUGAUGAUCCAGCAUGAGGAACCAACACUGGUCGGCGCAUGUAUUGGACCGUGGGACAAAAGCUUUGACAACCUGAAAAGAACCGGCCAAUGCGUGCUUGCAGUACCGGCUGCGGAGCUGCUGGAGCAGGUGGUUGAUAUUGGCAAUUGCAGUGGCGAAACGGUGGAUAAGUGGGAUGCAUUCAAAAUGAUCCCUGUGGAGCCACCGGAAUCGCCGUUACCGCCAGAGACUGAUCCAGAACUUGAAGAUGGAGAAGAAAAGGGGCAGGGUUACAUGAGGCUGGAAAGGACUGCCCGUGCGCCACUGGUUGGUGGGAAAGAUAUCAUGGCCAAUAUCCAAUGUGUGGUUCAUGAUCGAGCGUUGGUGGCGACGUACAACUUGUGGAUACUGCGGGUUGUCGGCGCAUGGGUGAACAGAGACCUGGACUUGAACUAUGGGCAGAGCAAUCAGCAACUGGAAGAGCCCUGCGGUGCUGUUGGUGGCGGGAAGAGGCAGAUGAGGAUGGUGCACCAUCGUGGGGACGGGAGGUUUGUGGUGGAUGGGGAGGAGCUCGACUUGAGGGAUAGGAUGAUCAAAUGGGAGGAGUUUCAGGACUAA